GAGCUCACCUGAGGGGCAGAGAGAGAGAGAGAGCGGAGGAAACAGGUCCCAAAGUUCUGACGAUUCGCUGCCAAACGCACCAAACCAAAACCUGCUCAGAAUCCUGAAGCUGAAGUCAACUUUGCAGAUGGCUCAGAAUACUUGAAUACAAUCAGACGCCUAACGAAGUCAGACUUCCUCUUUGUCACUGCUCUAUAGUUUAGAUACGACCGUUUGCAUUGUGUGUUUUACUAAUCUGUGGAUUUGUGUCGUUUCCUCAGAAGGUAUAAACCGUGACAGUUUUUAGUACUUUAGUGGAACAAACAUGGCCGCCACCAUGGAAGCAGCAGACAUCGCUGUAGUCGCGGUAUACUUUGUCGUGGUCCUGCUGAUUGGUUUCCUUGCCAUGCGGAAAGCCAACCGCAGCACGGUCAGCGGAUACUUCCUCGCUGGUCGCUCCAUGAACUGGGCCGCCAUCGGUGCGUCUCUGUUCGUUAGCAACAUAGGAAGUGAACAUUUCAUUGGCCUGGCUGGAUCAGGAGCUUCCAGCGGGCUGGGCGUGGCUGCGUGGGAGUUAAACGCUGUAUUACUGCUCCAGCUGUUAGGCUGGGUUUUUAUCCCGGUUUAUAUCCACUCAGGUGUGUACACGAUGCCUGAGUACCUGGCCAAGCGGUACGGUGGGAGGAGGCUGAAGGUGUAUUUUGCUGCGUUAUCACUCGUCAUGUACAUCUUCACCAAGCUGUCUGUCGACCUCUACGCCGGAGCCUUGUUCAUCCAGGAAUCACUGGGCUGGAACCUCUACCUGUCAAUCAUCCUGCUCAUCACCAUGACAGCGCUGCUCACCGUCACUGGGGGUCUGGUCGCCGUCAUCUACACGGACACGGUCCAGGCCAUCCUCAUGAUCACCGGCGCUCUGUGCCUCACGGGGAUCAGCCUCUACAAAGUGGGAGGACUGGAAGGGGUCUGGACCAAGUACAUGCAGGCUUCUCCAAACAUCUCUGCCAUCCUGCUGUCGUCACCAAACCUGACAUACUCUGAGUCGUGCCACCAGCACCUCUACCCGAAACCGGACAGUCUGAAGAUCCUGCGAGGCCCGAGGAAUCCUGACCUUCCCUGGCCUGGCUUCUUACUGGGCCAGACUCCUGCCUCUAUCUGGUACUGGUGUGCUGAUCAGGUGAUCGUCCAGAGGGUUCUUGCGGCAAAGAAUAUAGCCCAUGCCAAAGGUUCGACUAUCAUGGCUGGCUUUCUGAAGAUCCUCCCCAUGUUCGUCAUUGUCAUCCCAGGGAUGAUUUCCAGGAUCCUGUUUGCCAAUGAGUUGGCAUGUAUCAGCCCUGAACACUGUAUGGAGGUGUGUGGUUCUGCUGCUGGCUGCAGCAACGUGGCUUACCCUCGGCUCGUCAUGUCUGUGAUGCCAGUCGGUCUCCGAGGCCUCAUGAUGGCUGUCAUGAUAGCAGCUCUGAUGAGCGACUUGGACUCCAUCUUCAACUCAGCCAGCACCAUCUUCACGCUGGAUAUUUACAAGAUGCUACGUAAGCAGGUGUCGUCCAGGGAGCUGCUGAUCGUCGGCAGGUUGUUUGUGCUUUUCACAGUGGUCGUCAGCAUCGCCUGGGUGCCGGUCAUCAUCGAGAUGCAGGGAGGCCAAAUGUUCUACUACAUCCAGGAAGUGAUAGAUUACCUGACGCCACCCAUAGCUGCUCUCUUCUUGCUCAGUGUCCUGUGGCAUCGCUGCAAUGAAACAGGCGCCUUUUGGGGCGGGGUGGCAGGGUUUGUUCUGGGAUCAGUGCGUCUAAUUUUGGCGUUGGUUUACCGUGAGCCUCGCUGUGACCAACCAGAUGAGCGGCCAUCUUUCAUCAAAGAUUUUCACUUCAUGUACGUGGCAGCCAUCUUGUUUUGGGUGUCAGCUUUGGUGACGGUGGUUGUGAGUCUUUGCACUCCGCCGCCCAGCAAAGAACAAAUCGCUACCACGACUCUGUGGGGUUUGAGGCAGAGAAGGAAACGGAGACAGCAGGAAAAAGAGAAAGCUGCAGAAGACAUGAAUGCUAUGAAGCCUCUUGGUUUGGUAGAGAAGGGAGAGGAGAUGGUAGUGAGUGGUGGGGAGGAGGAAGAGGGGGGCUGUUUUGGAGGAGGAGGUGGGGUGGAGAGUGGGAGGUGUGUGAAGGCUUUAGAGUGGUUUUGUGGUUUUAAAGAGAAACCAUCCAAAGUUCAGGUAAUGACAGUCCAGGAACACGAGAGGAUGGUAGACGAGCUUCUUCAUGAACCUCCACGAACCAGAAUGAUCCUGAACAUUGGAUUGUUUGUGAUCUGCUCUUUGGGGGUCUUCAUCUUCAUCUAUUUCUCUGUAUAGGCUGUGAGCAGGGAUACAGGUUGGCUAAGAUACUCUUCAGUUUUCUAUGAACCUUGAAUUCUUUUGGAGCACAGUGAAAAGGUAGCCUGGACAGGUAAACAGCUGUUUCUGUUUUAGCCCAAUGCGGAAAUUAAACUAGAGCCCUGCAAAGAUUUAAAAUACUCUCAGCUUUACGUUUGUUUUGAUGAAGGAACAAAUGUGUUGUAUAUUUUGUACAUAUGGUGAUUCCUGUGAAGGGUUCAGUAAUCUUCCAAUUAUUCCGAUGGAAUAAGGAAUGUCAAUUCAGACGUUAGAGUUUUAUAAAAACCCAACAAGCACUUUUUUAAAGGUAACUGAAGCUCUUAAAGCGACCCUUAAGAUAGUCUUUAAGUGCUGUGGAUAUUUGUACGAGUGAUUUUACCCUCUCAUGUAUUUCUGAACCCCCAACAGUCCACACAUGCCUUCAGGCAAUGAGGGGAGAUGUUUGGUGGGAUACAAAAGUCCACAUUGUAUUAUUUGAGGGAAAAUGUGUUCUUGGAUAAUAUCCAAAAUAUCCCUGACUCCUUUGUAUGACAGAGUCACCUUUACACUGUCUGUCUGUUCGGCUACACAACCAAUAAAUCAAGAUGUCUGAAAUGA